AAAAAAAUUAUUUUUUCAGACUUAUAUAAAUUUUGCCUAUGAUUUAUUUAAAAUCUCGAAUAUGUCCACAUUAACACAGCAACGUUCACGUAAAUUAACUUUGGCUUACCAAAUAGCUAAUGGAGUUGAGAAUAUAAGGACCGAGCCCUCUUCUUCACCACACUUUGCAUUUGUUGAUGUUUUGGAAAAGUAUUUUAGAAUUUGUAAUACUAAACCUAUUAAACAGGGUGAUAUUCCUUUUGAGUUCAAACUUUAUCACAACUUUAUUGAACGUUCUGUUUUAAGCUGUAUUAUCGAAAUUAAAUAUUUUGUUGUUCCAAAAAGUCGAACUUCCGACGGGCAAAUGGUUUGUAUGCAAAAAAUGUUAUGGCUAAUAAAUAAUGGGGUAGAUUUGAGUAAGCAAAGCCGUUUUGAAGUCUAUCAAAAGAUUACUUCUUCUGCAAAUAUGAUGGUUUCAACGGCUACAAACAGUUUACCUAUCCCCCUCUCUAAUAAAAUGUACAGUAUACUUUUUGGACAACUUUCUCGCCUGGUUAUAAUUGAUCAAAAAUGUAUGAGGUGUGGAAAGAGACUGCGCGAUUUUACGCCUGUUGUAUUACAUAGAAAUCCUAGCCAUAAUUCUUGUAAAUAG